CUCCUAUUUACAACAAACCGUCUCGUAGCGUGGAUUGAAGGGUCCCCAGCUUCGGCGGUGAUGACCGCAACCUGGGUUUGAAGCGGGCGGAGGGGGGAGCACGUGGUAACUUUAGUCCCAUAUAAACCUCCCAGCGGCCGCUGCUGUCUUUGGCACGCGUAAAAGAGCCGUUCCCAACUAGAUGGGGUGAGGGAGACGCGUAAAACGCUCUGCAGUCGCACCGAGGAGAGAGGCCCAGCUGUUUUUACCGCGCUGCUUUUAAAGGAGGAUUUUCAGCGUGAAAUCACAGUUUUCUCUGGAUCUGGUUUCACCUUGAGGCGGCAGCUCAGCCUGAGAGAGUUGGCACCGUGCGUCCCUGCUGACGCCAGGACCGGGUUUUAGUUUAGGUGUAUUUACAGAGCUUGUGGAGAAUAAGAAGAGAUGAGUAUGAAGGCACUGAGGCUGAGCAGAUAGAGACCUCGGGCCGGUGAGGUGCGGGUGGAGAGCGGCGAGCCCAGCGGUCUGAUGCGGUGGAGGUGUGCUCAGGGCUGUGCGUCCCGCUGACGAUCACCGCUCAGCUGUUUUCAUCCACAUCGUCUGCUCCAGCUCUGGCAGCACUCGGCGCAUUUACGCACUCGCUGUGCGGUCACGGUCAGCGGGAACAGAUCGGCGCGACCCCCGGAUAACGGCUCUUUUCUCCGGGGACAGUUGAAUGGAUUUUCAGGUUCACUUUACUGAAACUGGGGAAUUAGAACCAAACGAUUUUCAAAUAACUGCUUGGCGCCACUCGGCUCGCGUGCGUAAACGCUCUCCACUGUGAUCAUUUGAUCAAGAAAUGCGUCUGCCUGGCGACGUUUAACUGCCCGGUCUGUAUUUCCCUGAGUCUGUUUGUGUGUGAGUUUGAAGACACCGGAGGAGAAGAUGAACCUGUGUGUCGUCGGUCUUCUCCUCGCGCUGGAUUUAGCCACCGUGGCGCUCAGCCUGUCCACAUGCAGCACGCUGGACAUGGAUCAGUUCAAGAAGAAGCGCAUCGAGGCCAUCCGAGGGCAGAUCUUGAGCAAGCUCAAGCUCACCAGCCCCCCGGAGGACUUCCCCGAGCCCGAGGAGGUGUCCCGGGACAUAGUGGCCAUAUACAACAGCACGCGGGACCUGCUGCAGGAGAAAGCGAACGAACGCGCGGCGACGUGCGAGCGGCAGCGCAGCGAGGAGGAGUAUUACGCCAAGGAGGUACACAAGAUCGACAUGCAGCCCUUCUACCCGUCAGAGAACGUCAUCUCUCCGACACACUUCAACCCUUACUUCAGGCGGCUGACGUUUGACGUGUCGUCCAUGGAGAAGAAUGCGUCGAACCUGGUGAAGGCUGAGCUCAGGAUCUUCCGUCUCCAGAACCCCGGAGCCCGAGUGUCCGAGCAGCGCAUCGAGCUCUACCAGAUUUUAGGACACAAAGACCUGACGUCCCCGACACAGCGGUAUAUCGACAGCAAGGUGGUACGAACACAGACGGAGGGAGAGUGGCUGUCGUUCGACGUCACAGAGGCAGUGAGCGAGUGGCUGAACCACAGAGACAGAAACAGUGGAUUCAAGAUCAGCCUGCACUGCCCCUGCUGCACGUUUGUACCGUCAAAUAACUACAUUAUUCCCAACAAGAGCGAGGAGCUGGAGGCGCGGUUCGCAGGUAUUGACGACAGCUUCAUCCACGGCGGCGACCUGAAGGUGUUCAAGAGGCGGCGGCACAGCGCUCGGGCUCCGCACCUUCUGCUCAUGCUGCUGCCUUCAUACAGGCUGGAGUCCCAGUCCCAGUCCCAGUCCCAGGCCCAGGCCCAGCACAAGAACCAUCGAUCCAAGAGAGCCCUGGAUGCUGCCUACUGCUCCAAAAACGUUCAGGACAACUGCUGCUUACGGUCGCUCUACAUCGACUUCAAGAAGGACCUGGGCUGGAGGUGGAUCCACGAGCCAAAGGGAUAUGAGGCCAACUUCUGUGCCGGGGCGUGUCCGUAUCUGUGGAGCGCCGACACCCAGCAUUCCAAGGUGUUAGGCCUUUACAACACCAUCAACCCUGAAGCAUCAGCAUCACCCUGCUGCGUCUCCCAGGACCUGGAGCCCCUCACCAUCCUCUACUACAUCGGCAAGACCCCCAAGAUAGAGCAGCUCUCCAACAUGAAGGUCAAGUCCUGCAAGUGCAGCUAGAAGCCUUCAGAAGCCAACACACACACACACACACACACACACACACACACACAGUGGACUUGGGCAUACAUACAGUCGAACCACAACAGUACUUUUUCAUGCACUACUAUACUCACAGCAGUGUUUUCACACAGUCAGUUCAGACACACACACACACACACACACACACAUAGGAUCAGUGGUGUCAUGAUACCUCAGACUUUGAUAUCAUAGAUACUGGUUUCAAACAAGAAUUGUCACCUCGCGGUUGUUUCCUCCACCAACCUUCAGGAAAUAUGUCCGCAGUCUCUUCUUCUUGAGUUACAGCAGAACAAAUUAUGAUGUCACAGUGGAGUUGCCCUUUGACCAUCCGGAUAUAAAAUAUAAAAUGUCAUCACCUAAUUUUAUCCUCAUAAAUAUUUGAGUUAAAUUGUGUCAUAAUUAGAGUAUGAAUUUGUGAAUUAUGACCAAAAACAGGGUUUCUCUGGCUGUCGCCGGCGCAGAGGCAUAAAAAGUAGAUCCCAAUCCAUAUCUCAUGUCGUUAUACAUUUAGUCCCAGUUGCUAUGGUGACAGCCCUGGUUACUGUGUCCUGAAAAGAUUGUAUUAAUCUUCAGCAGUGGUAUCAAAGACAGAACCUGUAUUAUUGUGACACCACUGCAUACACACACACACACACACACACACACACACACACAGUGACACAAAUAUGGCUUUUGUACAGGUCUGUCUGGCGUUUUAAGGCCCUGUCAACAUGCACCACCUCACACACCGAGACACGAGAAUAAGGCAAACACUGGAAGUUUAAGUGAUAAGUGUCUAUAUGUGAAAUAAGUCCUGAAGAUAACACAGCCCCACCCUACACCUCACCCUCUGCCCCACCACCCACCACCCACCCCCCACCCCUUCACAGUCUUCAGUCACACCACCUCCUAGUCAUCUCUGUGUUUGUCUGUGUUUCGUCUCCUGUCGUUUUCUUCAUCUUUUCAUUCCGUCCUGUUGAAGGUUCAUGUUUAUAUUUAACCCCCGGGUCAGUAUCAACCUCACGCUGACGACACCACAGCUACUCCAUGUUACGAACCGUAACACAUGUUGGAGAAUCAUUUAGAAAAUACAUGAAAAGACUAAAUGAUUCACAUGGGAGCUCCUGAGAGGAUCACUCUGCUUUAUUAUUUACGGUCUUAUCAUCAGUUUAAUGAGGUGAGAAUAAAGAUAAAGAGUGUAAGAUGUGAGAUGAUUUAAAACAUCAGCAGCUGGACAGAAGAAACCAGGUGUGUCAGACCAAACAGCAGAGAUCACACCUGAGAAGGCGUAGAUGAUGGAUCUUUGUUUCAGGCGCUGUUCUGACCUGUUGUAUUAACUGUAGCUGUGUAGGGAUUAUCAGCAACUCUUCAUGUGGGCUCACUUUCAGUUUAACCUCCUUGUUGAAAUGAUCUGGAUCAAGUCAGAGACAAUCAAGAAAGGAGACGGUGCACUGACAAUCACUUCCUGUGACUGUGUGACGUGGGUUUCUCCACCUCCAGGUCGCAGGGCUGAGAUUAUGAUUCUUUCACCUCACUGAAAUAAAUAUUGGAUACAUUUUUCACAAGCCACAGAUCUUCCAAACAUUCUGACAAUAAAAAAGUCAUUUUUCAGACAGAUCAGAAGAAAACUAACUUUGUCUCAACAAACUCUCGCGAGAUCUGGCAGCACAGAUCUGUUGGUUCUGGUUCUGGUUUCACUGCUGCAGUUGCGCUGCAGACGCUUUCCAGCCACAGAAGUUUAGACGGACCUAUACAUGACACCAUGAAUUAAAAUUUCAAACUGUAUUCAAGACCUGUGUCUGUCUCAGCAACAAACUCUCGCGAGAGCUCGCAGCACAGAUCUCUCCUCUCUCUGUGGUUCCACCGCUGCUGACAUCACUUUCCAGCCGCAGAUGUUCACAGGGACCUAUACGUGCAACCAUGAAUUAAAAGUUAAAACUGAAAUUUAACUUGCUUAAUAAUAGUAUUAAUAUUAAUAUUUAACUGUUUUUGGAGGGAAAACAGAGAAUAUCGUUGACUCAUAUGUUCUUUUACUGGGUUGAUCAGAUACAAGCCAGCACAUAAAAAUGAGCAGCAAAAUCUGGCGUAAAUUCAAACUGUAUCUAGUGUUGUAUAGUUGUUAUGUUUUGACGUCAACACGCAAUAACGACCACGCCCACUUCGGAGACAGGAAGUGUAUAUCAUUUCUUAACCAUUGGCGCUGCUGGUAAUGCGUCAUCUUUUGUUACAGAGUACCUUUGAAGAAGUGUCAGUUUGUUUCCCAUCAGGCUUUGCUGUGGUGACAUCACCGUGUGUCACCUGUCCUUUCUUCAUCAAUGAGUUUGAAGGGACCCAGUUCGUCCUGCAGUGUGUUGUAGAGGUGAUGUCACUACACCUCCUCUGCUGCACCUUCGUCAGAGGUUUACUCUUCCUCACUUCACUCGUCCCAUCAUUUAAUCAACAUGCACCAGGUUCAGACAACAGAUCGUUCAGACUGAAUAUUUAACCAGGAGAAGACUACAGACAUGCAUUAAUAAAGCAGACUGAUCUUUAAUGUGAUGGAGGUUCAGAGUCUGCUGUGAGGAGAGCUCCUUCACUCACUGUGUUGUGGCUGUGCUCAGAGCUGACGGAGGCUCUGCUGCUCUCAGCACGGCCUCAGGCUCAGUCCACACCGGCUGCAGGGUUUGUGGUCUGUAGAUGAAGGAGAUGUGGUCUUUGGUAAGUGAUUAUGGAGUAAUGCUGGGCUGGGGUGGGGGGUGGGGUGGGGU